AAGCGAGUGGUGACCCCUCGGCGAGCUGGGACAUCUGUGCUUUUAUGUUGGCUGGUAUCCAUCCUUGUUGGCCUCACGCCAAUGUUUGGCUGGAACAAUCUGCAACGUCUUCUUAACAACAACACCUUGAUCACCGAAGAGCUGGUGGUGACCUGUGAGUUUGAGACAGUCAUCAGCAUGGACUAUAUGGUCUACUUUAACUUCUUUGGCUGGGUCCUGCCACCUCUGCUGCUCAUGCUGGCCAUCUACAUAGAGAUUUUCUACAUGAUCCAUAAACAACUCGACAAGAAGGUGUCAGCAAGCCACAUGGAUCCCAGGCGUUACUUUGGAAAGGAACUUAAAUUAGCCAAGUCUCUUGCCCUCGUCCUUUUCCUCUUCGCAGUCAGCUGGCUCCCACUUCACAUCCUCAACUGCAUCUCCCUCUUCAUCCCUGACUGCAAGCCGUCGAUGUACCUAAUUUACAUAGCCAUCAUCCUCUCCCACGGCAACUCAGCUGUCAACCCCAUCGUCUACGCUUUCCGCAUCAAGAAGUUUCGUACAGCGUUUCUUAAAAUCUGGAAACAGUACAUCCUCUGCCAGGACCCCAUCGGUCGUCUUCCUCAGAGAGGGAGCCAGAGAGCACAGAGGCGCGAGAUGAGGCUCAGGCAGAACGACGACGAUGAUGACGACGUUUGACCUUUGGGAACUAAUUGUGCUACUUGUGUCACUGACAAUUUUUAAAGCAGUUGUUUACAGAAGGGAAGAGACUUCAUGCUUGAGGAGCUGCAGAUCACAAUGGCAUUCAGGGUAUAACAGACACUCAAUCAUGGGUUGAAGGAUUUCCUCCUUCUGACAUUCAACAAGAAGAAAGGAUUACAAACCCUAGUAGGGAUCUGUCGUCGGAAUGACAAUGUCUUUUUUCUCAGCAAAACUGACUCGGUGUCUGGUGAGGGAAGCGGCCCUUUUAAAACCAAUCUGUCUGACUCAAAGCGAUGAGUGCAUAUGCAUACUGUAGCACCUCUGGCACCAUACCCUUGUGUCUUGUAUGUGUUGAUUUAAUUUACAGUUCCCACCUUUCAAGAUCUAAAAGAGUUCAAAUGUAUUAUCUUGAAGUCUACAUCAAAAUGUUUAAUUCUGUGGCCUUAAAAAAAGCUCUUCUUUAACUGUGUGAACAUAAUGACUCUGGUAAACCAAUGGAGACCGAAGAGGAAGUUUUUUGAACAAGCUUGGUGCUUUGACAAGACUUUGGACAUGGGGGAUGUUUUAGAUUACUAUCAAAUCAGGAUGUUGAGAAAAAUGGCUGCUUUAUUGACAUUAUAUUAAAACUAAAACCAAUCAAACUCUGUAUUCCCUUGAAACUCUUUAUAUUUUUUCACAAUGUACUUCAGUAUUUUUUUUAUUGCAUUGUAUUCCUGACAAGCCAAGACAGACCAUAGAAUACCUGAAAUGGAUGAAAAAUGGUACAUGUUUGCAAAACAAGUAGAAAAAUACAACAAAUACAAGUCAAUUUCAAAAUACUUUAUUAAUCCCAAAGGAUAAUUAAAUUUUGCAGGGACUCAUAGGUUAUAAUUUAUCCAGGUUUAGUACGUGUUGAUUGCUGAAGGCAGGAAGGAUAUUCUAUAGAGGUCUGCCUUGCACCGGAUCUGGAGAACCCUCUGACUGAGUACACUGUUGUUUAAAACACUUUGCUCACCGUUGCCCAUAAUCUUCUUCACUUUAUGAAUACUUCUUCUUGGUGAAAUAAUCUCCAGAGGUUCCUUCUUCUAGAUGGCUUCACAGUUGUGUCUUCAAUCUAGUUUGUUGUCCUUGUGAACAACAAGGUAUUCAUACUCCUCAACCACCUCCACUUCUUUUCCUUUUAUGUUAAUAGGAUUCAACUUGUUCCUGUUUCAUCUAAAAUCUACAAUCAUCUCCCUUGUUUUGUUGACAUUCAGGAUCAGAUGAUUGUUUCCACACCAUGCAACAAAGCAGUUCACCAUCUCUCUGUACUCAGCUUAUUGUCCAUCUUUGAUGCACCCAAUGACUGCAGAGUCAUCUAAGUGUUUCUGCUGAUAACAGGAUUCUGUUGGGUACUAGAAGUCAAACAUGUAGUAGAUGGAAUGGAGAGAGUACAGUCCCCUGUGGUGCUCCUGUACACUUAUUAGCCUCUCUCUACUCUGCUGCACCUAAAUAAAAAUCACAUGCUUUUUCAAUUCAGAAAUCCUUGCCAAUGUGUAAUUUAAUCUCAGUAAAACUCCAUCUUUUGUUUGAAUUCCUAAGAGCUUUGAUAGAGAACAUUCGUAAACAAGUAGUAUUAUAGAGAGCAAACUAGGGAAGUCCCAAUAUAACCCCAAGUCUGGCAGCUGUAAACAGUUCUUUAAGUUUUACAUUUUAAGUUAUGUAACUGACUGUUUUUCUGCCUUUCACUUUUAAGUUAUAGAGUGCUGUAUUUUCAGUUGGUCUGUCAAAUACAAUCCAAUAAAAUACUCUGAGGUAUGUGGUUGUAACAUGAUAAUACAGGUUAUGGUUUUAGUAUAUGAACACUUUUUGAAAGGCACUGUAUGUGAGCUUUUUUAAGUAUUGGAGGCCCUGUGCACUCUGAAGGAAAAUUUGUAGAUUGUUAUUAGUAUUUUUAUUUUUUGCAGCUGCUGUCUGCAGGCCAACAUCAUUUUUCGUAAUAAAAAGCAGUUUUUAUUUAAUUUUUUUUAUACAUGUGGACUGGAUGCAGUGGGGUCUACUGGAAACUUUACACGUGCCAAUUAUUGUUUUUAUGCUAAACACCACAAAA